CAUAUCUGAAUGGCACUCUAUCAAAUUGGAGGGCGUACUAGAUAUUCUACCAGCGGGCCCGGUUAGCAUAGGCGUCGCUUAUUUCAGCUGAUGCUGGGCAUACGCUGCCUUUGCUACUAGGCUAACAUGCGUCGCUCGCACGCCCCGUGCCCAUGUCCAACUCGUUCACAGGGUAAGUAUUUUGCGGAUCUCCAAUAUGAAACAACGUUCAUCAACGGGCAUGUGCAAUGAGCCUCCUUUUGCCCAUCGCCCAAUCCGUCAUUUCUAUGUAAACCAAAGCAAUCAUAGGCUCGUAGGACGGCUGAAUGACGCAUGCUGUGCGCUUAUCUCGAGGCCUCAUUGACCAGGCGUGUCCAUCUUGGCGUGUAUAUCUAUGUGCUCUUCCGUGUGUAUGGUCCUCGUUUUCCCUCUCGUUGUUCUGUGUCCGCUUUUAUAUGGCUUUAUUCGAGACAGCCAGCUUCCGACGAUUUCGUCGCCACAAGGCUAUUCGACCGAAUGAACGAUCUGCGUUGGCUAAAAGCACUCAAAGUGACCUUAGCCGACUAGUCCGCACUUCGGAUCCUGCAGUAAGGAAGGCAUUUGAUGUAGAAAUGCAGUCAUUCUCCAAACUGCAUGCCCGUUAUCUCGCGGAAAAGGAGAACCGAGAGCAACUUGACUGGAAUCGCAUUAAAUCGCCCAACGACAAGCAGGUCAUUCCUUACAGUCACCUUCCACAGAUUACCGGUCCAGAAGCCCUGUCUAAGUUGGCUGUUCUAAAGGUCAAUGGGGGUCUCGGGACUUCUAUGGGCAUCAGUGGUGCGAAAAGUGCCCUUGAGGUCAAGGACGGAAUGACUUUCUUGGACCUCAUCGUGCAACAGGUCGAGUACUUGAAUAAAACACACAAGGUCGACGUACCGCUCAUCCUCAUGACAUCCUUCAAUACGCAUGAUGACACAUUACGUAUCAUUAAAAAAUAUGUGUCCCAACGCAUCAGCAUAACUACAUUCAAUCAGUCGCGGUAUCCCAGGAUAUGGAAGGAGACGUUGCAGCCUUGUCCCAAGCAUGCAUUAGACGACAAGAAACACUGGUAUCCUCCAGGUCAUGGUGAUUUGUACGAGUCACUGGUACAUACUGGCGUGCUCGAUCGUCUUCUUGCUGAAGGCAAGGAGUAUUUGUUUAUCUCGAACUCCGACAAUCUUGGGGCUGUAGUCGACCAACGCAUUCUCCAGCAUAUGAUUGAUAGCGAUGCCGAAUUCUUAAUGGAGGUCACUGAUAAGACCAAGGCAGACGUUAAGGGCGGCACUUUGAUCGAGUACGAUUCUUCCAUGAGACUUCUGGAAAUUGCCCAAGUACCUCCAGACCACGUUGACGACUUCAAAUCAGUCCGAAAAUUCAAGAUUUUCAACACGAAUAACCUAUGGAUCAAUCUCAAAGCAUUGAAGCGGAUCAUGAAUGGAGGUGGCAUGGACUUGGAUAUCAUCGUCAACCCAAAGAUGACUGACAACGGUCAAGCAGUGAUCCAGCUCGAGACCGCUGCAGGUGCAGCUAUCAAACACUUCAACAAUGCCCACGGCAUCAACGUUCCCCGUUCACGCUUCCUGCCCGUGAAAUCCUGCUCUGAUCUGUUGCUCAUCAGGAGCGAUAUAUACUCAUUGCAAAAUGGCCGCCUGGAUAUGAGCGAGAGCAGGAUGUUCGGCAGUGUCCCGGUCAUCAAGUUGGGUGACCACUUCAAGAAGAUAACUGAAUUUCAGCCACGAUUCAAGAAGAUCCCUAAUAUCAUCGACUUGGAUCAUCUCACGGUAACGGGCGACGUUCAUUUUGGUCGAGGGGUCACGCUCCGUGGUACUGUGAUAGUGGUGGCGAACGAAGGUCAGAGGAUUGACAUUCCAGAUGGUUGUGUGCUAGAGAACCGUUUAGUUUCUGGGAAUCUCAAUAUGACGGAACUUUGAUCCAUUAUUUCAUAAGCUACAUUGUACGUUGUAAAGUUGCUCAUCAUUCAUGUAUGAUUAUCAGUGCCAUUCAUAACCACCAUUGGGCUUGUUUUGACAUUCAAUAGUAUCAGUACUCCGAAGA